UUAGUAGGGCUUUGUACUGUUACAAAUUCGGAUCUGGAUGUGAAAGGAAUUACUGAGCAAAGAAUACAUGUAAAUUGCGACCCCACGGCAGACGACGCAAACUACAAUUCUUGAAAUUCAAUCGCUGAAGAACAACUGUACUGGAAUCUGAAAAAGAAAAAAGAAUUUAUACCAAAUGGAGAUUCAUCAAACAUAUACGCUUAAAGAAUUGAACACCUUUGGUGUAGAUGUAAAUGCGAAGUUCUUUUCUGUUUUCAAAACAUCAGAAGAAUUGAUUAAAUUGUUGGAUGAGGUAUUGUUUGAUCAUAAACUGUUAAUUUUGGGUGAAGGAAGUAAUAUUCUUUUUACGCAAAAUUAUGAAGGCUAUGUUUUGAAAAAUGACAUCAAAGGAAUAGGAAAAAUAUACGAGAAUGAAGAUGAGGUUGUUUUGAGAAUUGGCGCAGGAGAGUUAUGGCACAAAUUCGUGUUUUACUGCAUUGAAAAUAAUUUUGGAGGAGUAGAAAAUAUGUCAUUAAUACCUGGAACAGUAGGAGCAGCUCCUGUCCAAAACAUCGGUGCAUUUGGAGUAGAACAGAAAGAUGUGUUUGAAAAGCUAGAGGCUUUAAACAUAGCAACAAAGAAAGUAGAAGAGUUUGAUGCUGAUCAAUGUGAUUUUAGUUAUAGAGAUAGUUUCUUUAAACGUCACGGCAAAGGACGUUAUGUGAUUACAAAUGUGUACUAUAGACUAUCGAAAAGGAAUCAUAAGAUGAAGUAUACUUCCAACAGUGCGAUCAAAAACCAGUUGUUGCAAAACAAAGUGGAUGUCCCCACAAUUGAAGAUAUUUCAAAGGCAGUAGUUCAGAUUCGGCAAUCCAAAUUUCCAAAUCCAGCAAAAAUCGGAAAUUCAGGUUCGUUUUUCAAAAAUCCAAUAAUUUCUAUGGAGCAAUUUGAAACAACUAAAGAAAAAUAUCCUGAAAUCAUAUCCCACCCCGUUGACGACACCAAAGUCUUAGUUCCUGCGGCAUGGUUAAUAGAGAAGGCAGGAUGGAAAGGAACUACCUUUGAAGAGAAAUAUGGUGUUUACAAAUAUCACGCCUUAGUAUUGGUAAAUUAUGGUGGUGCUAGUGGAAAAGCUAUCCAAGAGUUGGCAUUUAAAAUUAUGCGAGAUGUAGAAUUAAAAUUUGGGAUUCAGUUAGAAGCAGAAGUCAACAUUGUAUGAGAUGUUUUGAGAGAAAUUCAUUCAUGCACCGUUAGUCUGACGGUGCUGCAA